UUAUAACUUCCCUCCUGCGACAGGGCAGAUCGAUUCUAGAACAAAAACAAAAGUGAGAAUGCUAGGGUUGGCACUCUCACUUCCUCUUUGAAUGUAGUACUUACAGAGGGGCACCCACUGAGAGAGAAGAGACAGGUACCCCAGGGACUCUGCCCUGCCACCAGUUACAGAUCGUCAUGCUUUCUCACGGCCUCCACUGGUUGCAGAAAAUGCCAGGAUGAUGCCUUCCUUGCUCCUGGCUGGGACUCUGAUCAUGGCAUUGUUCUUCUCCUGCCUGAGACUGGGAAGCUUGAAUCCCUGCAUAGAGGUAGUUCCUAAUAUUACCUACCAAUGCAUGGAUCAGUAUCUCAGCAAAAUCCCUGAUGACAUUCCUUCUUCAACCAAGAACAUAGAUCUGAGCUUCAAUCCCCUGAAGAUCUUAAGAAGCUAUAGCUUCUCCAAUUUCUCAGAACUUCAGUGGCUGGAUUUAUCCAGGUGUGAAAUUGAGACAGUUGAAGACAAGGCAUGGCAUGGCUUACACCAGCUCUCAACCUUGAUACUGACAGGAAACCCUAUCCAGAGUUUGUCUCCAGGAAGUUUUUCUGGACUAACAAGUUUAGAGAAUCUGGUGGCUGUGGAGACAAAAUUGGCCUCUCUAGAGAGCUUCCCUAUUGGACAGCUUAUAACCUUAAAAAAACUCAAUGUGGCUCAUAAUCUUAUACAUUCCUCUAAGUUACCUGACUAUUUUUCUAAUCUGACAAAUCUAGAACAUGUUGAUCUUUCUUAUAACAAUAUUCAAACUAUUUCUGUCAAAGACUUACAGUUUCUACGUGAAAAUCCCCAAGUCAAUCUCUCUUUAGACUUGUCUUUGAACCCAAUUGACUUCAUUCAACCCCAAGCCUUUCAGGGAAUUAGGCUUCAUGAACUGACUCUAAGAAGUAAUUUUAAUAGCUCAAAUGCAAUGAAAAUGUGCCUUCAAAACCUGGCUGGUUUACACGUCCAUCGGUUGAUCUUGGGAGAAUUUAAAAAUGAAAGGAAUCUGGAAAGUUUUGACAGCUCUGUCAUGGAAGGACUAUGUGGUAUGACCAUUGAUGAAUUCAGAUUAACAUAUAUAAAUCAGUUUUCAGAUGAUAUUGUUAACUUCAAUUGCUUGGCAAAUGUUUCUGCAAUGUCUCUGGCAGGUGUAUCUGUAAAACACCUAAAAGAUAUUCCUAACCAUUUCAAAUGGGAAUCCUUAUCAGUCUUUAGAUGUCAACUUAAACAGUUUCCAACUCUGAGUCUACCCUUUCUUAAAAACUUUACUUUAAACACCAACAAAUGGAGUAUCAGUUUUACAAAAGUGACUUUGCCAAGUCUCAGAUUUCUAGAUCUUAGUAGAAAUGCCCUGAGCUUUAGCGGUUGCUGUUCUUCUAAUGAUUUGGGAACAAACAGCCUGCUGUACUUAGACCUCAGCUUCAAUGGUGUCAUCACUAUGAGUGCCAACUUCAUGGGUCUAGAAGAGCUGAAAUAUCUGGAUUUUCAGCACUCCACUUUAAAAAAGGUCACAGAAUUCUCAGCUUUCUUAUCCCUUGAACAACUCCGUUACCUUGACAUCUCUUAUACUAACAUCAAAAUUGACUUUGAUGGCAUAUUUCUUGGCUUGACCAGUCUCGAGACCUUAAAAAUGGCUGGCAAUUCUUUCAAAGACAACACCCUUUCAAAUGUCUUUACAAACACAACAAACUUGACAUUCCUGGAUCUUUCUAAAUGCCAAUUGGAACAGAUAUCAUUGGGGGUAUUUGAUACACUCUAUAGACUUCAGUUAUUAAAUAUGAGUCACAAUAACCUACUUUUUUUGGAUCCAUCUCAUUAUACACAGCUGUACUCCCUCAGCACUCUGGAUUGCAGUUUCAAUCACAUAGAGACAGCCAUAGGAAUACUGCAACAUUUUCCAAAGAGUCUAGCCUUCUUCAAUCUUACCAAUAAUUCUGUUGCUUGUAUAUGUGAACAUCAGAACUUUUUGCAGUGGGUCAAGGACAAGAAGCUGAUCUUGGUGAAUGUUGAACAAAUGACAUGUGCAACACCUGUAGAAAUGAAGGCUUCUCUAGUGUUGGAUUUUAGGAAUUCCACCUGCUAUAUGUACAAGAUCAUCAUCAGUGUAUCCGUGGUCAGUGUGAUUGUGGUAUCCACUGUAGUGUUUCUGAUAUACCAUUUCUAUUUUCACCUGAUGCUUAUUGUUGGCUGUAAAAACUACAGGAAAGGAGAAAGCAUCUAUGAUGCCUUUGUGAUCUACUCAAGUCAGAAUGAGGACUGGGUGAGAAAUGAGCUGGUAAAGAAUUUAGAAGAAGGAGUGCCCCACUUUCAGCUCUGCCUUCACUACAGAGACUUUAUUCCUGGUGUAGCCAUUGCUGCCAACAUCAUCCAGGAAGGCUUCCACAAGAGCCGGAAAGUUAUUGUGGUGGUGUCCAGACACUUUAUCCAGAGCCGAUGGUGUAUCUUUGAGUAUGAGAUUGCUCAGACAUGGCAGUUUCUGAGCAGCCGCUCUGGCAUCAUCUUCAUCAUCCUUGAGAAGGUGGAGAAGUCCUUGCUGAGGCAGCAGGUUGAGUUGUAUCGCCUUCUUAGCAGAAACACCUACUUGGAGUGGGAGGACAGUGCUCUGGGGAGGCACAUCUUCUGGAGAAGACUCAAAAAAGCCUUGUUGGAUGGAAAAGCCUCGAAUCCAGAGGGAGCAGCAGAGGAAGAACAAGAAACAGCUACUUGGACUUGAGGAGACCAAAACUCUGGGUCUAAUACCCAUUCUGUUUACAAUUAUUAAAUGCUACAGCUCACUUGGGUUCUGCUGUGGAGAGGGAUCCCGUGGAGCACAAGGCUGCUAACCUCAUGGACCUUACAGGGCAGAAGGAAGUAACACUGUGAUGAAACUCCUUACUUUCCAGGUAUUAACCAACUCAGGCAAAGAAUCAUAACCAAGAAAGUUUACUCUUAUCAAACUGAAAGAGAAGAAGCUAAGGCCAGUGAGAACAGAAAGGAGUAUCAUUCUUCCUGGGGCCUUUUGAAUAUAAGCCAUAUUAUGCACUGUGUUUCAGUUACCUUAGAAGAGUUUUGAUAGUAUAAACAGAACUGAAUGUUGCUUACUUUCCUUUUUUUCUACUGAAUGCAAUUUAAAUGGCACAAACUCUUUUUAAGAAACCCUCAUUCCAAUUUCAUCUUCCAUUUUAUGUCAUUUUCUUUUUUUUAUCUAAUUCUACAAGAAAUAUGAUUGAUACAUGCUCACAGAUAACCUGUCCAAUCCUUAGAAUGGUAUAUUUAUUAAAUAAAAAUUCCUAGUACACUUUUAUUUUUAUAAA